AUGUCUCUUUCCGACUCAGAUCUCUCCUCAUUGUCAUCUGCGCCUCCCUCAGAUGAAGAAACUAUGCCCAUGGCUCUCGAUGAGCCUGUGGGUAUAACGAAGUACUUCCAGAGGAAGAAGCAGUCCGAAACUCCGCCACCGAAACGAGCUCCUUCACCACCUCACGAGUAUGUAUUGGCCGAUAAUCCAGAUAUUGCAUUCAUUGUAAUGUUCCGCGCGCGUUUCCACGAAGUAUUCCCACGCUCGACACCACACUUUGGGCCGCAAGAUAUCGAACGAGGGGUGGAGGAAUCCACUCCAGGAGAUCAUAUCGAAAGGCUGCUGUGUGCGCUUCUUGGGCUGGUGCUAAACAGGAAGAAGGACGUGGAGCGGAAUCAUUACACACGCCCUCUAGAAGAAGCUAUCCAGACGCAUGCAUCCCAAUGGCCGAAGGCGUGGGAAGGCAAGAAUCCUUUGCACGGGGGUCGCAACUUCGCGUCAAUGUCCCCGGAACAGCGCCUACAAUUAUUGAAGUCGCUGAUUCUUUGGUCCCUCUCCUCCUCCGACGCCGUUCAAGCAAAAAUCAAGGAAUCCUACAAACAAGCGCGCCAUGAAGAUGAUCUGAACCAACCUCUUUCUGUGCAGCCCUGGGGACGUGAUAGUUUAAAGCGGCGGUAUUGGCUCAUUGAGGGUCUCGACGAUACACACUUCCGACUUUACCGCGAAAGCAACCCGGCGUUGAAGAACGUUACAUGGUGGAGCGUGGCUGGGACAAUUCCAGAAUUGCAAGGGGUCGCAGCAAAGUUGGAGGAAGAGAAGGGGACGAACUCCAAGAAGCUGAAAUCACAGAAACGCAAACGCCGUGAUUAUCGCAUUGCCCGUAAAGCUCAAUUCUCCCGACCGGAGCCCGGAUUCUCCCUCUACGAAGGCCGCACUCGCGGGAAGAAGCUCAAGUACACAUACUCUGAUGAUGAGGACAUCUUCUCUGAUGGCCUACCACCACCACGGCGAUCUGGACGUAACACAUCUGGGCUUUCUACGCCCGCAGAACCUGCGGGACCAAGAUUUACUGCGAGUGGACGGCAAGUUCGAUCGCGCGCGGGAGGGCUGUACGGUGAAAGCCUGCUUGCUGGACAGCGCGAGGACACUGAUAUUGCCGAGGACGACGGCACUGAUAGACGGCAGCGAACUCGGGCUACACGGAUGAACGGAUACGCUGAAUACGGUAUGGAUGACGAUGAAGAUACAAAUUCCAACGACGGACAGUCAAGCGGAAACGAAUGGCAGGGCGGCGAGGAGGAAGACGAAAACGAUUUUGAAGGCGAUGACGAAGAUGAAGUAAGCGGAGACGAGUCUGUGCUCAACGGGGAGCCGCCGAGCCUCGUUGUCCAGCUCAGAUACGGGAAACAGGGCGAUGGGAACGAUACUACAGAGCAGCGAGUCAAAACUGGUCCUGCUGAAAGUCAACAGACGAUAGUCAGUGAUUUACCAGUCCAAUCUGCCGGGCAGCCGGCUGUAAUUGAACAGCAACAACUUGGGCCAAUGGGAAAUGGGCCUGGAGGCAUUACCCCGGAAACUCGAGCUGGUCUUGAUUCAAAGGCCGCGCCCGUUGAAGCACCUGUUGCUUCAGCUAUUCCGGCCUCGAAUGAUGGAGCCACACGAGAGGCCGAUGGCUCCGCUGGUACUAUUGUGCCUCCAAUCCAACAACCUGAUGGGACAGUCUAA